GCUCGACGGGACCUGCCACACCCUGUCGAACGUCGGGCUGGAAGCGCCGGCCAUUGUCACCCUGAGGCUGUGCACCCUCUUUCUGCGGGUCGGGGUCUUCGACCUCGGGCUGCCCCUGGGCAGGCUUGCGGCGCUGAUGGUGCGCGGGGACGGGCCCGGCAUCGGCGAGCUCUCCUGGCUGGAGGCACAGGUGCUGCAGGUCGCAAGGGCCGCGGGGUCCAGCGUCCGGGAGGAGACGGACGACAGGUACGGCGACAAGGAGCUCGUCGUCGAGGGCGAGGACGAGGGCCUGGACGUGGGUGCGUUCCUGGACGGCCUGGAGAGCGUGUUCAGACGGGAGCUGCCCGUCGCGGCUGCGCUGCAUGGGGCCACCAGAUAUUACUGCGCGUGGCCGUGGCACAGGUCCGAGAACGCUCCGCAGAGCUUCGGCAGUUUGCGCUCGUGCCGUCGUUCCGUCCCCCGUGCUCCCCCGCUCCCCGCCCGCCGCCGGCCCCCCGCCCUCCCGCCUGGGCGCGUCACAGCUGGAGAGC